GGCGACCAUUGGGGACAAGGUAGCGUUGAACAGAAGAGAGAGAGAUAUAUAGAUAGAGAGAUAGAGAGGACAGUAGUCGCGUAUUGUCGCAACAUUUUCUUGUGCGUGCAUCAUUAUAAACUUAGUGCCAGCCAGGUCUUCUGUAUUAAUUAUUGCAUGCGUAGAGCAGAUCAUCCAGCGUUGGACUGGCAUCUGGUUACGAAAGAAACGGGACGGCACCAGUGGAAAUACUAUCUGAAAACUCCAUUAGCCUUGCUUCGUUCGUUUUACAAUUGCCAGCAGUCACAGUCACAGCAGCCUAUUUCCGAGGACGCGAAUCGCGAUCACAGGGACCGCUGGAGAAGUCUCACGUUUUGUCGUUUGAUUUAUAGACUGGUCACUGUAAUUUACGCAAUAGCCUAGUUUUCUGGACUCCUUGCAAUUUUUUUUCUCUUUGGUCCAAAGUAGUCCAUGCAAGCCUAGUUGCUAUACCAUUUUUUAAGAAACCUACGUGACAGACAGAUUCAAUCAUUACUCUCAAAAGGGACAAACGAGGGACCAUGGUGAAUCCUGGAGGUAGCAGCCAGCCCCCUCCGGUGGGAGCAGGGUCCCUGUCCUGGAAGAGGUGUGCGGGCUGCGGGGGGAAGAUCGCUGACCGCUUCCUUCUCUAUACCAUGGACAGCUACUGGCACAGCCGAUGCCUUAAGUGCUCCUGCUGCCAGGCCCAGCUGGGGGAGAUUGGCACCUCCUGUUACACCAAGAGCGGCAUGAUCCUCUGCAGAAACGACUACAUCAGGUUAUUUGGGAACAGUGGGGCAUGCAGUGCUUGUGGCCAGUCCAUUCCAGCCAGUGAACUGGUCAUGAGGGCACAAGGCAAUGUGUACCAUCUCAAGUGUUUCACGUGUUCUACCUGCCGGAACCGGCUGGUCCCAGGGGACAGGUUCCACUACAUCAACGGCAGUCUGUUCUGUGAACACGACAGACCCACAGCACUCAUCAAUGGACAUUUGAGUUCACUGCAGACAAACCCACUACUGCCCGACCAGAAGGUGUGUUAGGAGCAAGGUGUGCAAGAAGCAGGAUGCGUGCCUUCAUUUUAACCCUAGCUUAUUGUCACCCACUACUUUCUGGAUCCCUGUACCAUCCCCCCUGCCCUGCCCCCAGCCCCUCCCCCCCUGCUCUCCAGGCACCCAGACUCUUACCUGAGCCCCCAGGCAGCCUCCUCAAUCUACCAAGACCCCCGCUUCUCUCUGUACAACACCCACCCUCGUCCCCACCCUAACUCCCUUUUAUGGGAGGACAUACCCCCCCCACGCUUAUGAUACGCCUGAGAUGUGAUUCUGAGGACUCCAUGAUUCUGACACUGGACUAAAGUAGACUUGAUCAGAACUGGAGGGACACUGAGAAAGAGAGGAAGAGGAACCGAUUUGAGGAUGGACAGAACGAGACAAAGAAAGAGAGAAAAAUACAAAAUGAAGCUAAUCAAGUUGCGGUUGUUUUUCAAAUCUGCACACAGUUGUACAUUUGUUUUUGUUUUUAGUAUCGGGGGAAAGAAACGACUGUCUCCUUUUAAUGUACCCCUCUUCUUUUUACCUCCUACUUGCCUUCCAACCUGAUAUUCGCUUGUUCAUUAUUUGAAGUGUUGUGAAGAGACUGUGUUUCUAUUUUGGUGGUAUAUAAAACAAGACUAGGUUAAAAAGUAUCCGUGGCUUUUUUGUGGAAACGUAAUACCAUUAUGAUGAGCAUUCUCUUGGUGUAUUUGUAAAACUACCAUGUAUGUAUGCAUGUAAAUGUUUUUGUCCUGACGUGGCUCACAGUACAUUCUGCUCCUGACACAGCCUAAUGGACCAUACAGACCAUAACGAAUGUGGGCCGUGUGCAGCAGGUGUCUGUCCUAUCGCCUCUGACCACAAACCACGGCCGGCAGUUUCUGUUCAUUUACCGACGAUUCUUCAUGUUGAAUCACCUCCGCUCAUCGACACCUAGCAGAUGAUCUACUGCACACAGCCAAUGUUGGUGUUGGUCUUUCCUGUCAUUAACCCCGAGUCCUCUCCUCCUGAACCUGAACCUAAACCUGAACCUAAACCUGAACCCAUGGCUUAACAAAAGAAAGAUGUUCAGAGUCACUAAUGUAGAGAUUUUCACCAACCCUAUAAAUUCAUGAAUGAAAGAAAAAUCUAUUUGUGAUAUUUUCAGAGACAUUUGCUCCAGUAUGGUGUAUUUGAUUAAUAAAAAAUAUUA